AUGUCUCACACGGGUGAGAAGCUUCGUUCCUGUUCUGAGUGUGGGAAAUUCUUUCUUAACAAAUCAGAACUCAUCAGACAUUACAGAUCUCACACAGGAGAGAAGUCCUAUUCCUGCCCUGAGUGCGGGAAAUUUUUUCUUGGUAAAUCAAAACUGGACACACAUUACAGAUCUCACACAGGGGAAAAGCCAUAUGAGUGCGGGAAACUGUUUCCACAGAAGUCUUGUCUUACUAAACAUCAGAGAGUGCACACGGGGGAAAAGCCGUAUUCCUGCUCUGAGUGUAUGAAAUGUUUUUCAGAUAAGGCCAGUCUUUCCAGACAUCAGAGAUCUCACACGGGGGAGAAGCCGUAUUCCUGCCCCAAGUGCGGCAAAUGUUAUUCACGGAAAACAGAUCUUGUUAUACAUCAGAGAUCCCACACAGGGGAGAGGCCAUAUUCCUGUCCUGAGUGCGGGAAAUGUUUUUCACGGAUGUCCCAUCUUUAUAGGCAUCAGAAAUUACACACGGGUGAGAAGCCGUAUUCCUGUCCUCAGUGUGGAAAAUGUUUUUCACGGAAAUCAGACCUCAUCAGACAUUACAGAUCUCACACAGGAAAGAAGUCAUACUCCUGCCCUGAGUGCGGGAAAUGUUUUGUUCGUAAAGCAAAACUGGACAUCCAUUACAGGUCUCACACAGGUGAGAAGCCGUAUUCCUGCUCAGAGUGUGGGAAAUGUUAUUCGGAUAGUUACAGCCUUUGCAGACAUCAGAGAUCACACACAGGUGAGAAGCCGUAUUCCUGCUCUGAGUGUGUGAAGUGUUUUUCAGAUAAGGGCAGUCUUUCAAGACAUCAGAAAUUGCACACAGGUGAGAAACCCUAUUCCUGCCCUGAGUGUGGGAAAUGUUUUGCGCGGUUGGUUUAUCUUCAUGCACAUCAGAGAGUGCACACAGGUGAGAAGCCGUAUUCCUGUCCUCAAUGUGGAAAAUGUUUUUCACGGAAGGGCAAUCUUAAUGAACAUCAGGCAUGCCACAGACGGGAAAAGCCUUAUUUAUACUCUGAGUGCGGGAAAUGUUUUUCAUGA